GUCUUGGUCUACAACACUACUUCCGUUUAAUCACACGGUACUGAUUCAUUUUGACUUCUAAAGGAAAACGCUUCCUACUUUUGCUCUGUAAGAUUUGCGAGCUUAGUUGAUUCAGGGUACCAAGAUUACAAUAAAAGUUGGACUUGGAUUUUUACCCAGAGGAAUAACAAUGGCCAGUUUGGGUCAGACGGUUGCUGGUUUUUUAUUGUUAAAAUUUUGUUUAUGCUGUUUCUAUCAACCUUGUCUAAGUAACCCUAACUUACUGAAUAAUAAUUGUCUCAGCUUUCCUCCAAACUGCCUUGACGGUGGCACUAGUUUAAUAGCAUUGCAACCAAUAUGUUUAUAUUUGAAAAACUCUCAAAAUCUUUGUCUGCCUCAAUAUAUUCAAACUACAAUAUCUGAUGUUCUUGUCUGCGACAAACUAUCCGAACUGGCUCCUCAAUUAAUUAAACCUAAUUCCUGCCCAGUUUUCUGUCAAACGUUCAAGGAUAUCUGUCAAUACUUAUACUCAACUGAGAAGAUCAAACUUAUAGGUAAAACAGAUUCAGAUUUUUCUCAGAAUGAAACAACAAUUAAUAGUGAUAAUAAUGUCAGUUAUGAAGAAUCUGAAAGAAAUAAUAUAAAGCCAGUUGAAGUGUCUUCGAUGCUUUCAAAAGACAAGAACAUUGAUAAUAAAAUUACUACUACUGGAUUCCAUUCUAUCUCCUCUAGUAAAGAUAUAGGUAAAAUUCCAGAUACAGUCAGUUCUGGAAAUCAACCUAAUUCUAGCAAUUCAUUAAAGGGUUCAGUAAGCUCAGAUAAUGUUGGAAAAACCCAUGUUGAUGAUGCUAAGACUAAUAACCAAUCUGUUUUUCAAAACCCGCCUAAUAUUGGAAGUCAACCUAAUUUUAGAUUUCAAUCAUCUGGUUCUCUAAACCUAUCUAAUACUAGAAAUGGACCUAAUAUUGAGAUACCACAUGUUUCUAUAAACUCAUCUAAAACUGGAAGUGGAGCUGCUAAUACUAGAGACAGAACCAAUUCUAGCAUUUCAUUAAAGGGUACAGUAAGCUCAGAUAAUGUUGGAAAAACCCAUGUUGAAGAUGCUAAGACUGAUACCCAAUCUUCUGUUUUUCAAAACCCGCUUAAUACUGGAAGUCAACCUAAUUCUAGCAAUUCAUUAAAGGGUUCAGUAAGCUCAGAUAAUGUUGGAAAAACCCAUGUUGAAGAUGCUAAGACUGAUACCCAAUCUCCUGUUUUUCAAAACCCGCUUAUUAUUGGAAGUCAACCUAAUUCUAGCAAUUCAUUAAAGGGUUCAGUAAGCUCAGAUAAUGUUGGAAAAACCCAUGUUGAAGAUGCUAAGACUGAUACCCAAUCUCCUGUUUUUCAAAACCCGCUUAUUAUUGGAAGUCAACCUAAUUCUAGCAAUUCAUUAAAGGGUUCAGUAAGCUCAGAUAAUGUUGGAAAAACCCAUGUUGAAGAUGCUAAGACUGAUACCCAAUCUCCUGUUUUUCAAAACCCGCUUAUUAUUGGAAGUCAACCUAAUUCUAGCAAUUCAUUAAAGGGUUCAGUAAGCUCAGAUAAUGUUGGAAAAACCCAUGUUGAAGAUGCUAAGACUGAUACCCAAUCUCCUGUUUUUCAAAACCCGCUUAUUAUUGGAAGUCGACCUAAUUCUAGGAAUUCAUUAAAGGGUUCAGUAAGCUCAGAUAAUGUUGGAAAAACCCAUGUUGAUGAUGCUAAGACUAAUAACCAAUAUGUUUUUCAAAACCCGCCUAAUAUUGGAAGUCAACCUAAUUUUGGAUUUCAAUCACCUGGUUCUCUAAACCUAUCUAAUACUAGAAAUGGACCUAAUAUUGAGAUACCACAUGUUUCUAUAAACUCAUCUAAAACUGGAAGUGGAGCUGCUAAUACUAGAGACAGAACCAAUUCUAGCAUUUCAUUAAAGGGUACAGUAAGCUCAGAUAAUGUUGGAAAAACCCAUGUUGAAGAUGCUAAGACUGAUACCCAAUCUUCUGUUUUUCAAAACCCGCUUAAUACUGGAAGUCAACCUAAUUCUAACAUUUCAUUAAAGGGUUCAACAAGCUCAGAUAAUGUUGGAAAAACCCAUGUUGAUGAUGCUAAGACUGAUAACCAAUCUGUUUUUCAAAACCCGCCUAAUACUGGAAUUGAUGCAUCAAAAACUUCUGAUACAAGGGCAAAUAUUUCACUUUCAGAAGAUCAGGCUAUCCAAAAUAGGUUUGAUUCACAACAGAGCGCCAAACUUUCUAUUGGUAACAAGCCUGAUAUUGUUCCAAAGAAAACUCCAGUGAGCACGGCUUACAAUGAAGCACCCUCAUCUGCACAUUUCAUGGGCUAUUUCUUAACAGCUAUUGUUCUUUGUAUUGCUGGAUAUAUUGUUUUCCACAACAAACAAAAGAUCAUUGCGUUCAUCAUAGAAGGGCGAAACCAGAAACGUGGUCGGCGGCCAAAUGCUAAUGAAUAUAAGAAACUGCAAACUAAUGUUGAUGAUGUAAUGGUUUCUUUAGAUAAGUCAACAACUGCACAGAAUUAUAUAUAUUAAAAUUAAUUUUUUUUAUAUAUUGAGUAAUUCGGUAUAUAUAUAUAUAUAUUUUCAUACUGACAAUUUUCAACAAAUUUCUUCUUUUUUUUCCAAUUCACCACUAAUCCAUUCACCAGAUUUUUUGUUCUCAUACUGUGUAGAAACUAACAUUUUUCUUUUUCCUGAAACUAUUAGUACCUUUUUUAAACUUGUUUGCGUUUCAUUUCAAUUUUACAAGAGUUAACAAGUACUCUAAAUCAAUUCUCUUUUCUGUUUUAGUUCAAUUAAGUUUCUAAUACAUUGUGAAGAAUACAAAUAAAUUAUUUGUGGCUUUUCAUUUGGAUUCCUAUUUCUGUUUCCAAACAAUUUUAUUUUAAUUAAAAUAAAAAAAACAAGUUGUUGUGCUAUUGAGAAAAUAAAUUAAAUUUAUUUUCAUUUAUAAAAAAAGAAAUCUUUCCUUUUUUAAAAUUUACUUUUUUUUUUAACAUUUUUGAUUUUUGUUUUGAAACUUUGUAUUUCAUAAAAUCAAGAGGGCGUUUAUAUAUCAUCCAUUAAAAAACAAAAACUGUAAAGAAAAUUAUAUAAAAUGUGAUACAUUAUCAGCUGGGUUCUUUUUUUAAUCUUUAGAUGGUAUUAGCUAUAUAUUUAUCCAUUUUUUUCUAGAGAGGGUAUGUAAAUGGGCAUUUAUCCAAAAACAUUGUGUACUGAGACAGCAUACUGUGUUGAAGCGGUGAGAGUUAAUGGAAAAGUAUAUGGAAGGCUGCUAUUUUCCAAACCUAUCUAUAGGAAAAUAAUGUAAAACUAUAUUUGUGUGUGUGUGUGUGAGAGAGAGAGAGAGAAUAAUAUAUUUCAAUUUAAGCUAAAAUUAUUUAUGUUUAAGUGAAGAAAAUUAUUUUGAUUUCUUACUAGAAAACUUCUGUUGAAUGGACAUUCAGUCUAAAGAGAUGACCAAAAUCAACAUGUCAGAACUUAACUAUACUGAUAUUAAGUUUUUGAAAAAGCUUAAAUUUACUUUAUUUAUAACUUUGCAUUUUUAGAGUUUGUUAUAUCUAUUGUACGCUUGUGUAUCUAUCUCACCAGUUCUUACAAUAGCCUUUAAUAAAUCAUACAACCAGCAGCAGAUGAGUGUUAACCUAUAUAUAUUUUUACCUUACUUUUUACUAAUUCUAUUAUGGCAAUUGAUAACAUUAAUUAUAUUUUGAUAAAAAAAAUUUGAGAAUUUAAUGUAACUUGGGGGUUAAGGAAAAGUGUUGUGAACUGUAUUAGUCAAAAAGCCUUAAAAGUUACUACUAAAUUUGUACUAACAAAAAUAAUUUUUCACAAUUUUGGAGAAAAAAAAGAUAAGGUAUUAAUUCAAAAUUACAACUUUUGGCUUUUUCUUACCUUCUUACAUUUUUUUUUUGUUUUUCUAAAUUUUACUUUCCUUUCAUCACCUCACUUUUCAUUUUGAACACCUUAUUGUAUUGUCAUGAAUUCUGCAAUUUUUUCCAAAUUAUACUAACACUGUGAAAUGAAGCCUGCCAAGUAAUAUCUCCUCUAGGAGUGCUUACUUUAAGUCUUAAUACUUCAGUUUGUUACAUAAAGGUGCACAUGCACUCACACAUACACGCACACUAUAAAUACUUUUGUUUGUACUAUUAUGUAUGCCUUUUGAUCAUUCAUGUUUUCUAUUUCAUAUCACAUUUCUUUGAAAUAUGUUUGUUUCUAUCCAAAGUUUUUUUGUUUUUUUUACUAACAAAACAAUCCUAAAUUGACACAUUGUUCUCUGCUGUAUGAGACAGUGGUCCUGACAGCUAAGAUUAUACUUGUUUUAAAUUACUUAACUGCACAUUCAUGCACACAUG